CCGGACAUGGCGGCCGCCGAGAGACCCGACGCGGAGGUGGGAGCGGGCCGGGGGUCCGGCCGAGUUGGGGAGGGGGGAGCCGGGGGCAGGAGCGAGGUGGAGGAGGCCGGGCACGUCUUCCUCCUGAUGAAGAAAGACUAUCGCAUCUCCCGCAACGUGCGCCUCGCCUGGGUCCUCAGCAGACUCCAUCAGGUCAUCUGGGCUGUGCCCGAGCCGGAGCUGGUAAAGUCGGAAAACGAACUUGAUGUUCUCAGCAUCCUGCCUAAUGGGUGGCAGCCGGACGAGCCCGUCCAGCCCAGGCCCUAUCUCCUUGUGCCCUCUACACGGGUCACCUUCCUGGCCCGCCAGUACCGCUUUGUGAUUGAACUUGAUCUGAGCCCUUCCACGGGGAUUGUGGAUGACUCAACAGGGGAGAUAAUUUUUGAUGAAGUGUUUCAUGCCCUUUCCCGAUGCUUGGUGGGAUUGUUAAGACCCUUUCGUAUCCCUGGUUCAGACAUUAUCUACCAGCCAGAGAUCUUUGUCACCAUCCAGGCAUAUUCCUCCAUCAUUGGCCUGCAGUCCCAUCAGGUACUAUUCCAGGGUUGUCAGCUGGAUGAGACGAAGCGAGAGGCCUUUCUGCACCAAGUUUACACACAGCUAUGUGCCUUUGAGAACAAAGUGGCAGAGAUGCUCCAGCAACAGUAUGAACCCAAACCGCAGGUGGAUUUGUCACCCCUGAGCCAAGAGAGCCCUAGUGACGUGCAGGAGUCAUCUGGGAGGAAGCCCAGCGUGUCUGUUGUCACUGCCGAUGUUGGCCUUGUCAGCAUGGUCCGGCAGGGGAUCCUAGCGCUGCAGCUGCUGCCCUCCAACUCCAGCGCAGGUAUAAUAAUAAUUACGGAUGGUGUGACUAGUGUCCCUGAUGUGGCUGUGUGCGAGACUUUACUCAACCAGCUCCGCAGUGGCACAGUGGCCUGCUCCUUUGUACAGGUGGGCGGUGUCUACUCGUACGAUUGCAGCUUUGGCCACGUUCCCAAUGUGGAACUGAUGAAAUUCAUUGCCAUGGCCACUUUUGGUGCUUACCUCUCCACGUGCCCUGAGCUGGAUCCCCUGAGCCUGGAUCUGAAUGUGUAUCACAAGGCAUUUCUGCUAUACUCCUUUCUGCGUACUGGGGAGUCCCUGAAUCCAGAAUACUACUGCGGUGAGGAACCUGCAUGUCUUCCUUCCAGCAGAUGGAUGUCUUACAGCACCUGUCUUUGGGUGUCCCAGCACAGACUGUUCAAUGAGCAUCUGGUGUCUGCAAGCAGCAAUCCUGCUCUGGCGAUGAGGAGGAAGAAGCACACAGAGAAGGAGGUGCAUGCUGACCUCGUGAGCAUUGUCUCAGUCCGGCUGCGCGAGGGCUACAGCAUCCGUGAGGUCAACAUCACAAAAGGUGGGUCUCAGCUGGAGGUGAAACUAGUGCUGCUUUGGAAGCAUAACAUGAGGAUAGAGUACUUAGCUGUGACACCCUGGCCCCUGGACCCAUCAAAGCGCAGCACAUGGGUGGAGGUGACGAUGGAGGGAAGCUAUGACAUCUUGCAUGACAUCAGUUGCACCAUGAGGAAGCCUAUCACCAGUCUGUACCGCACUACAGUCAUCCGGCGCUUCUGGAACACCUUGCAGAGCAUCAACCAGACAGAUCAGAUGUUGGUUCAUCUGCAGUCUUUUGACACAGUCCCAGAACACUUCACCAUUCCUGAGAGCACCAAGAAUGGGGUGCCCCUCUUCUACAUCCCCCCAGGCUCCACCACUCCGGUGCUGUCCCUGCAGCACAGUGGGUCUGACUCGAGCCAUUCCCAGUUUGCCUCCUACUGGAAGCCUAUCCUUUCCAUGGAUGCCAACUUCUGGCAGAGGUGGCUGCACAUGCAUCGUAUAGUCCUCCUUCUGGAGCAUGACACGCCUGUGCCCAAGCACCUGCACACGCCAGGCAACAAUGGCCGCUACAGCACCAUCCAGUGCCGCAUCUCUCACUCGGCGCUCACCUCCUUGCUGCGGGACUGGAGCAGCUUUGUGCUGGUGGAGGGCUACUCCUACGUCAAACUGAUACACAGCUCUGAAGAUCCCACACCUUCCUCGUUUUAUGUGGUGCGGAUCAUCUCCAAAGCUCCCUGCAUGGUUCUCCGGUUGGGGUUCCCCAUUGGCACACCUGCACAGGCCAGGAACAAGAUAGUGGAGGAGUUACGGGACCGAAUCUUGCAGCUGCGCUUUCCCCACAGGGUCCAGAGCAAGGAGGCAACUCCAAAAGCAAAGAGGAAAAUGUUUGGCAGUAGUUCUCCCUCCAAGUCUCCACCUGUGGCUGGGGCCCAGUCAGCCCUCUCAGACAGACCCUGCCUCGUUGUGCUGCACAAACCGUUGGAGAAGCUACUCAUCAGGUAUGAGAAGCUGCCUUCUGACUAUCGAGCCCCCUUCAUUCUCAACCUGGAGCAUCCCCCAGUGUCUGGCCCGCUCACUAUGGUGGCCAAUCGCACUGCCUCUUCCACCCUGGCCUCGCUGUCCCGCUACUUCUAUCACCAGCGUUGGAUCUGGAGUGUCCAGUCGGGGCUGGCACCGGCUGUGCCCAUCACCGCUGUAGCCCAGCUCCUUUCCACGCUCACAGAGGUUCGUCUGUCAGAGGGUUUCCACUUUGCAUCCAGUGGGGAUGGAAUUAUCAACAUGGUGCUGGAGCUGCCUAUACAGAUUGAUGGCUCCAGCGAGAGCAGCAGUGGCAGGGAGAAGCACACCUGUGUCGUCCAAUACAUCCUCUUCCCACCCCACUCCACCUCCACCAAGGACAGCUUUUCCACAGAUGAUGACAAUGAUACGGAGGUAGAGGCCAUUGAGGUGGACACAGAACUGAACCUGGUCACUGAGUGCUGGGUAGAGCCACAGAGCGGCCAUGUCCACAGUACUGCUGAGAAUUGGAAGCACCUCCAUGGCUUGCCUUACCAGAAAAUACCUAAAGCGCUCUAUCCCCGGGACCUUGCAUGCAUUGCCACCAUGCUGACCUUUGAGUACAUCAGCCAGUUGUGCCAGAACAAGGAGUGGGUCUGCCCUCCUUCAGACACCAAAGCUACUGAAGAUCCAGACAUGGGGGCUGGUUUUCGAGUGCAUGAGAUCCCAUUCCAGUUCAACCUCAUGAAGCUGUUGCCCAGGUGCCAGCAGGUUGAAAUGUUCUUCCUAAUGCUGACAAAAGAGAAUGAGGAGGUGACCAAGGACUCUUCGUUUGUGCCCAAUGAAAUGCUACUAAACCUCUUCCAUGGCUGCCUGCAGCAUGACCUCAGUGACCGGGAGAUCCCCAUGGCUGAUGCUGAUCAUGUGGCUUUCAUGGAGCAGGUUCUGCAACGGGAUCGUGAUGGCCAUCAACCCCCCUUCACACUCCCUGUGAUCAGAGAAGAAAUGCUGAAAGCCUCUGGGACCCUGGAGCAGCAGGAUGCUUCUGCAUCCUAUCAUCUUGUUGGCAGCAAUGGCACCAGGGAUAUGACUGGCUCCACAAGUACUCUGCAGAGCCUUGGCAACACAGAGCUGCCUGAGGAUGACGUGACCCUGAGUGACACAACGGGGCCCUUUCCCCCACAAUGGCGAUGUUAUGCCAAGCUGGUCAACCCGCAGCAUGUGUUCCUGACCUUUCUGCCAGCCACCUUCUCAGAUGUACAGAAGCUGAUGGCCUGCGGGUUGGACAAACCUUCAAAAGAUGAGAGUCGAUCUGGAGAGGAUACCCUGGGACCUGUCUGUGCAGAGCGAGUCAGGGCUGAGGCUGAAGAACGGGAUGCUGCAGUGCCAUUACCUACCCUCAGCAUAACACCAGCCCACGAAGUGAGCCAUGACCCUGGAGAACAGGGUGGCCCCUCACGGAGAGAUGUACACAUCUCCUUCUGUCGCCAGAACUCGCAAUCUGAGCUAGGCGAGUGCCGCCGAUUUCGCUGCCCCAUUUACAUCUACAGCUGCUCUUUGGAGCUGUUACGAGAGCAGCUUGUCAGCCCACGGGUACACCGUCCUCCCCGGGACAUCUUUUUCAGGUCCCAGUCUCUGGAACGUCCUCCUACUGCUGCUUGGUUAGACCACAAGCAUAAGGAGUUGGUGAGUUACUGCACACUGCUUCAGGAGCACUCCCACCAGUGCUAUGUGAAAGGGCUGUUCAAGAGCCUUCAGCAGUCACACAGCAUCAGCUCCCAGGACCUACUUACAGCCAUGGACUACUGUGAGGAGCUGCUCCAAGAGAUUGACAUCACCAACUUCUUGCUGACGGUGUGCAGCCAUGUCCGCUCAUUUAGAGAGAGCCACCAACAUUUCCGUACGCACUCCAAGACAGCCAGCUUCCAAGUGGGCAGCAUAGAGCAAGAAGAGGAGCAGAGCUCUAGGGAACGGGGUGUCUUGGUCUCUGAAUCAAGUGCGGAAAUGGAGGAUUACAGUGAGCAGGACUCCCAUAAUGUUGCUAGCCCCACAGAGGAGCCAAAGAGCAGUACGGGCACCAGCUGCUGUUCAGAGUUUCCCCUCUCACUGUUGGAAAUUGGACAGCCCUGCCAGGCGCACCCUGACUUGCAUAAAAUUAUCCAGGAAAAAUUCCUGGAAAUUGGAAGUUUACAUUUCAAGCCGGUGCCAUCAAAUCCUCACUAUUUCUUUUAUUGCCCACCAUCAGCCAAGAAAGAGGAAGAGGCAUCUCGGGAUCAGGCAGACAGGAAAGGCAGUGAGGACAUGGAGGGAUCAGAGGCAGAACUGGCAGCUGAAGAAGGGACUGUGUCUGGGUGCUGCAUUGCCACAGAGAGUGACCCAGAGCUGGAGGUGGAGUACCGUGAGAAGCUGGAACACGAGUUCCCAGACACAGAUUCCCUCUCGGACUCCAACACAGUGAACCAGGAUGAUGACUCCUUCAGCGUUCUGGGAGGGGACUCACUCAAUGAGCAGGAGUUCCUGGAGCAGGAGAUGCCCCCGCUCUUUGUGCACCUUACCUGCUCAGUGAAGCUGCGUAGCCAGCACAGCUCCAUGCCCGUGCAGUCCCUGCCAACCUGUCUAGGGGAAGUUCUGGGCUGCCUGGAAAGCUGCCAAGGCUUGAACACCAUUGACUUGGGGGACCUCUGUGUGACCCUGGACAUCUUUGUGCUGACACUGCCCCUGGAGAUAGAAGUUGUGAACGCAGACAUUCUCCACAACAGAUGCACCUCGGAGAGUAGUGUGUCCUUCACACGCUCUCCAGGGCAGCCGUCCUCUUUCCGCUCAGAUGAAGAUAUCAUGCACAACUUGGAACGGCUCCCGUCCACAGGAGAUGAGAGGCACCCUGCACUUUCCAACCUCCCUGGAGUGCACAGGCAGGCUAUUGAAGCCACUAUGAAUGAGAUUCGCUGGCUCUUGGAUGAUGAGAUUGUGUCUGCACUGCGCCACUCGCAGGUCAUCAGCACAUCCAUCCUGCACCGGGUGGCCACCCACAUCUAUAACUCCAAGGGACGGCCCAGCUGCCACAGUGAGGUGGUGCUACUCCAGUUUGUCUUUGGACCUGAGCACUCUCUGGAGAAGUUCAAGGAGGAGUUCAGAAGAAUGGCUCUGCCAGGCUACAUGCUUAAUGCAGAAGGCAGUGACUACCACUACAUCUCCAUCAGCCGCCUGCACUCCAGGCGGGCAGCUCCAAACCUUUCGGGGACACCCUGCUUGCAGCAGCCAUCUGGAGGGGGUACCAGGACAGCCCUGGGCCAGGCAGGCCAGGAGGGGAGCAGUGAAGCAGAGGCAGAGGGCUCUGAGCUACACCAUGCAAGCUGUGUCCUCCCAGAAGAAGCCCGGGGUCUCUGGGGGUGGCCGGAGAGCGAGACACGCAUUGUGCCAGACACAGGAAACCCCGUAGGUGGGGGCAGCCACAGCCAGGAUGAGGUCCCAGGAGAAGCGCUGAGCCUUGACCAGAGCAGAGCACCUGGCCAUGACUCCCUGGAGGAGGCAGCUCCAGAGACAACCAUACAGUCACUGCCAUCCUCAUCCUCCGAAAAGGGCAACAGUGAGAAAUCACCAUUGGUGACACCAUCUGCAGCAAGCCUGGCUGACUCCGUAACGCAGGGCAGGGAAGGCUCCAGCAAGCAGCGUCCCAGCCGUGUGCAAAGCCUCGUGUCAAGCCAGGGCAGCAUGGACUCCGACCACCUGGGUUACGAUGGGGGAAGCAGUGACUCGGAGUAUGAGGAGGCACUAAUGAGUGACCAGGAACCCAGGUGUCCCCUCAUGCCGGAUUUCUGGCUCAUCAUAAAAAUCCAGCAGGACCGAGUGGAGGUCUUUUACCACACACGCAGCCUGAGUGUGGAGAAGGCAGCAUCAGCAGAGACAGAAGAGGAGCAGCCAGGGGAGUGCCAGAGUCUGAACCAGGUGGUGGUGAAGAAGAUCAGUGAAAUCUGCAGAGUUGUCAAUCAGCGCUUGCUGCUGCAGGAUCUGCAUGACAGCCACAUAUGCAACUCAUUACUGGUGGCAGAAAGUGAGGAGGACAUCUGGAAGAGUGAAACGCCCUAUACUUCAUACAGGCAGCGCGUCAUGCCCACAGACGAUUACUCUGUAGAGGAGAGCUACCAGCCCCGGGACUACCUGGCUGCCACCAUGCAGUUCAUGCCAGGGCACUUUGCUUGUGAUGUUGUGUGGAGCACACUCAUCCAUGUGCAUUCACGCCUCAAGAUGGGCCCCAACAUGGGGGUCUCGCGAGCUAUCCAGGCGCUUCGCUCGGUGCUCAACGCCUUCUCUGUGGUGAACAGGAAGAAUAUGUUUGUCUACCAGGAACGUGCCACUAAAUCUGUUUUCUACCUCCGAUUAACUGAAACCACCUACAGUGGGAAGGUGUGGGAAGCAGAGAGCAUCCUUAGUCCAGCAUCUCGCUCGCUGGCACUGACACGCAGCCAAGAGCCCAUUUACACUGAGGAUCUAACGGGUUCUCGUUCCUCUCUGGACACAGCCUCAUGCCGUAGUGUGGACUCUGCCCGCCCUGUGGGACAGGUAGACAGGCACAUCCAGCUGAUGGUCCAUGGUGUUGCCCCAGCAGGGCCUGAGAUCACAGAUGAGCUGGUGAAAGUGCUGCGCAGACGCCUGGAUGAGGCCACCCUGGAUAUCAUCACUGUGAUGCUGGUGCGGAACUGCAAGCUGACCCCAGCAGAUGUGGAGUUUAUCCAGCCCCCUGGAACGCCGCCCACAGAGGUCCUGCAGUUCGCACUGCCACCCUCCGCCCUGCCUUGGCUGCAUGCGGUAGCCUACUAUCUGCGCCAGAACCUGCUCAUCUUCCUGCACACCCCGAAGUACACAGACAGCAACGUGGAGCACCACUUCAAGCACUACUUCAACCACGGUGGGAGCAUCCCUGACCAGGAUCUCUAUCUGUACAACAAGCCGGGUGGCCAAGGCACUGGUGGAAAAGGUACCAUGUCGGACCUUGUGCAGCACCUCUUUCCACUCUCCCACUUCCAAGGAAUCGCGUGCAUUGCACUGACGUUCGUGGAUGAGCACGGCAGCCCCACCUCACUGCCCCAUGGGGAGAGGCCUGACCCUCUGAAGCUGCCUUCCUCCUCACCCAUCAUGGGCCUGCUGCAGGAUGCCGACUUCGAAAGACUCACCGCAGUCAGCAGGCACCAGCCGGAGACCAGCACCCUGCAUUCAGAGCCCCGCAUGCUGGUGCGCCUGGAUAUCUGGGAGAAGGGCAACAUCAGCCUGCUGCAGCUGUCGGAGAAGCUGCGUGGGGCCCUGCGCCAUGCUCUUUGCGACGCUGUCAUGGAGUUCCUCGUGCUGCCGGCCCCACUCUGUGUGGAGGCCACCAGCCCCCUGGGUGCUGCAGACCUGGAGGAGCUGAGCUCUGCAGGAGGCCUAAGGAGGACCAUGUCAGAGACCAAGGGCCUGGCCCUGGCCACUGGGGGGGCUGGCAGGAGCUGUCCUCCACCCUUGCACUUCACCUCUGCCCCUUCGUCCAGCUCCGGGGAGCCAGUGACACCCACAAGCAAGCUUGGACGCCGCAGCUUCUGGGACAUGCUGAGCAAGGCAGAGUCCUCGGAGCUGGGCAGCCCCAAGACUACUGAUGACAUUGUGCUGGAGAGGCCAGAAGAGGCUCGCACGAGGCGGCGGCACAAGACUGAGAGCGUCAAGCAGCAUCUGAGCCAGGAUCGGGCCACAGCCACAGCUGAACUGGAACAGGCACAGAGGCGCCGAGCCUGCCAGUUGGAAGAAGGGGAUGUAGGUACCAUGCACCCGCUCUUCAAUCAAACUUGCCAGCAGUGGAUGGCAUUCAUGAACCACCUGGGGUGCCCUUCGGUGCAGCAGUGCUCAGUGGAGAUUGUGUCUCGUUUCCUCCUGUCCUCCAUCCUGGUGGAAGUGGUGAGCCUGGUCACUGCCCUGGCGAGCGACACCACUGUUAAGGUGUUUGAGCAGAUCUGCUACCAUCAGGGCACUGCCUUCCUGCCCUAUAAGCCUGGCCAGAGCGCCAGCCCUCGCCCUGCAGCCGUCAGACACUUCAUCCUGCUGGGACGCAACUUCCAGCAGUGGCGUUGCAGCACAGAACAGGCUCACAAAGGGCUCCAGCGCUUUGAGGCCAUGGAAUUCAGUUCAGCAGAGAGAGGCUCUGAUCCUAGCCUUGCUGGACGAGACCUGGCACCUCGGCAAAGGUUCCUCUUCAUGGAGAUCAUCGACAAAAAGCUGACGCUCUACACUUAUAACUGGUCCCCAGACCUGGGGGCCAACCUGAACUGCUCCCUUACUCGCCUGCUGCAGUGGCAGAAUGCUCGGUCCCACAUUGUGCACUGCCUGCUCAGCCAGAAGCUGGGACUCUUCCACCACCACUGCUUCAUGGACACACCGUGGCAUGAGGACAGCAAGCAGGAGCCAAAUCCUUUCCUGAACUCCACUUUGGAGGUGGAUGCGCUGAUCCGGAGCUCCAGUCCCCCACCUAGCAAGGAACAAGGCCGGCUGAGCAGCUCUGCCCGCAGCCUGCCAUCUCUGCACUUCCAUCCCGAUGUGGUGCCCUUUGAUGAAGCUCUGCGGGAUGUUACCACCAUCAAGCGCAUACCCCACGGGCCUGACUUGGGACCUUUUGACCCUGUGUCUUGGCAUGGGGCUCAGUUCCUGGAAAUCAAGAGCAUGGAGAGGAAAGAACUGGAGAAGCAGAUGAAGAUUGAAAAUCUCUUUGUUACCUGGCAGCAGAGAUCGGCGCAGUCCAACAUGCCUAUCAGUCUGGCAGACCUGGAGACCCUGAAGCAGUCCUCACGCCUGGUUCACUACUGUGCUACUCCCUUGCUUUUUGACCCAGCCUUCCGGCAGCAGAUCCAGACUGACCAGCAGGGCAAGGUAGAGGGGAAGAAGCGCCACCGCUCAAAUGACUCUACAGCUUCAGGGAGAGACCGCAGCCACAGCUGUGACUCGGCAGAAGCACUGCCCUGCAAGGUGAAGGAGGAACCCUGGCUGCAGGAGAUGUGCAAUGCCUUCUUGCAGCAAUACAUCCAGUACCUGCAGAGCAUGGGCUUCAUUCUGGUCCAGGUCCGGCCACCCUCACCCACCACUCGCAGUAGCACCAGCCGGAUCCGAGCUCUGGCAGCAAUGGGUGUGGAGGGGAGAGGGUCCUUUUCCUACACGAAACCAAAAGCAGAAGGGAGUCCAAAGAGCACAAGCCCUGCUGUUGCCACCUAUCAUCUACAGAGAGCUCUUCCGGGUGGGAUUGUACUGAUGGAGUUGGCUUUCCAGGGCUAUUACUUCUGUGUGAAGCAGUACGCGCUGGAGUGCUCGCGGAUCCCCAUGGGCCAGUCUGUGAACUCCCAGGGCACUCUUACAGCCAGAGCUCGCAGCAAGAGCUGCAUGGGACCCAGCUCCGUCUCUGAGUCUGCGCUCUCUAUGCUCUUCACGGAGGAGUGUGACAAGGUGCGGGACCUCAUGCACGUGCAUUCAUUCAGCUAUGACUUCCACUUGCGUAUAGUCCACCAUUAUCUGCUGGGUUCCCACAUGACUCUCCGCCAGGGCUACCAUCUCACCAGCUUCCUGGAGGAUUUCAUUGCCCACCACCCCGACAUCCCCAAAUUUGGCCGCAACCACGUUUUCCAAGGCGUGCUGGCCCUGCCCACCAACAUGAUCACUGCACACCAGCUGUACAACUACAUCGCUGACCACGCCAACACCUACCACAUGAAACCCCUACGCAUGACCCGGCUGGCCACAGGCAGUGACAACAAGAAGGGGACACCAGGCACAGAGCAGAAUGAAUAUGCACUGGUCUCUAUUUGGAACAGCUCGGGCUCCUACAAGGACUCUGAAGGUCUGCGUCAUCAUGACGACUUUGAUGUGUCCCUCCUGGUGUGUCACAGUGCAGCACCGUUUGAGGAGCAGAGUGAGGCAGAGAGACGCAUGCUCCGCUUACAUUUCUACGUCAUCAUGACUAGCCAGCGGGAGCUCUUUCCCCGGCUCACAGCUGACAUGCGACGCUUCAAGAAGCUGCCGCGCUUGCAGCGGGAAGUGCUGGAGCCUGUGGUGGGCCGGGCGGCCUGGGAGGCAGCGGAGCCAGAGACAAGCCUGGGGCGGCAGCAGCCAGCAGAGCAGGAGCUGUGGCAGGACGUGGAGGACAGCAGCGAGUUCUACGCGGGGGGCACGCAAGUCAAACUGGGACCAGGGCUCUUCUACACCUCGCCACUCUUCCCCUUGCUGGCCUCUGAGGUGGCCUCAGCCCAGAAGCAGCUCAGCAGCAUGGUGCAGCUGGCCAAGUGCCACUGCCGCAGGGACAACCUCUGGAAGCGCCUCUUCCUUCUGGAGCCUCUAGCUUCUGACAAGCUGAAGCUGGGCAAGCUCUCGCUGGUGGAGCUGGAGGAGCUGCUCGACGCCGUGCAUGGGAAAUCCAUUGCUGACGUCGACCCCCAGCUGGGUUGCUUCCUCACCAUGACAGUCUCCUGGUACCAGAGCCUCAUCAAAGUGCUGUUGAGCCGCUUUCCGCAGAGCUGUCGGCACUUCCACAACGCUGAAACCGGCACCCAGUAUCUGGUCGUGCUCAACCAGAAGUUCACGGAUUGCUUUGUUCUUGUGUUUCUUGAUUCCCAUUCAGGAAAGACGCAGAGCCUCACCGUGGUUUUCCGGGAGCCGUUCCCAGUGCAGCCCCAGAACAGCGAGAGCCCUCUGCCACAGCUUGUGUCUACGUACCACCACCUGGAGUCAGUUAUCAACACCGCCUGCUUCAACCUCUGGACAGGCCUGCUCUAGCACUGGCACCCGUGUCCUGGAGCGAUGCGUGUACUGGACCUCUCUGCGCCGCUACACGACGAUGGGGAAGAACAGGCCUCUGGGAGGGACCUGUGCUCUGGCACUGCAGGCAGCGCUGCUAGCGGCACGCAUGGGUACUGAACUGAGGACUCUGGGGAUACGUACCUCCAUCGUUUGCUGGCUGGCUGGUGUGGCCCUCACUGUGCUGUUUUCGGUGGGUUUGAUACUGAAUGACCUUGAACCGAACCGCAAGGGCAGGAGCUCGGCUGCCGUGGCUUGGCUGAAGCAGAGCGACUCUCAGGGACAUGGCUCGCAUCUGCAGGUGAGUUCUGCCUGCUAGGAAGGCACAGAUGAGCACGCUCAGCCCGUCUUCUGCACAGGGCGGCACCGCACAGCGCUCUGGCUUUAGGCCGAAAGACUCCUGAACUUCAGGGCUCUGGGCAGUGAGGCUGCCCACUUCUGGCCCUUUGCUUUCAAUCAGGAGAGCACUGAAUGGAACAGGAAGGGUGAACUGGACCAGGGGAAGGUUUUAUGGAGAUGUACAUUAAAGCCAUUGAUAUAUCUGUUAAAUAAACUGAACCAGAUCCCUG